CACCUGCUCUCCUGCAGCGACGAAGCAUCAGGCGCCAUGGACUCCCUGCGAUGGAUGCUCGCUGUCUGCUUCUACCUGUUCUCAGUGGUUGGAACGGGUGAAUUUGUGGCAACGCCUGAAUCUCAGAAAUACACUUGCAAGACGUUCGGCAGCGGCGUCACCCAGCCCUUCAGUGGCUCGCCUUUCUACGUGCGCUCCAACUGCCUGUUCAGGUUCGUCCGCUUCACCCACAACCGCGUGGAGUGCGACAUCACCGUGCAGCGAGGGAGCAACGGCCUGCUGUCGCAGGUGGAGAUCAUCAUCAACAAGGUUAAGACGGUCCUGCUGGACGACAGCAUCCAGGUGGAGAACAAAAGAGUUUCUCUUCCGUACGACCAAACUUACCAGCACAUAUUUCAGUACGGCAUCUACACCCGACUGAAGAGCACCCUGCUUCCUCUUUCUGUCACUUGGCACAAUGUCCCCGGAGGAAUCGACAGGCUUUGGGUGGAUCUGGAGCAGGAGCUCAGCUCUGACUUGACUGGACUGUGUGGGAAACAAGACUCGGGAAGCGUCCAGCAGCUGAUUUCACAGUUUGUUCUGUCUUCGGACACGUGUCAAACUCGAGAUCCGUCCUUUGUCUUAAAUCCAGUGUGCAGGCAGUUCUUCUCUGAGACUCUGGAGUGCCUGCUGUCCAAAACCCCUCAGUACAUCCAGCUGUGUGAGCAGAACGUCUACAGCUACGAACGCAACACGGACAUCGCCUGCGCUUUCUUCCAGGAGGUCGUUCUGACGUGUGGAAGAAGCAGCCACAUUUGGAACUCGUGGAGAACCAUAACCAAAUGUGCUCCUCCGAAGUGUCCUGGAGACCUGGUUUUUGUAGAAGAAGGUCCAGCCUUCAUUCCCAGCUGCUCCAUCCUGAACCCCAGAAUCACCAGCCAGGACAACAUCAGCUCCUGUGUUUGCCCAGAUGGUAAGGUUCUGAAUGACCAGUCGGAUGGACACCAGUGUGUUCCCACAUCCACAUGCCACUGUGUGUUCAGAGACCAGAUCUACCAAACUGGAUUUGUACGGAGCACCAAGUGUCAGACGUGUGUGUGUAACAGUGGAACGUGGCAAUGCGCUGAAAACUACUGCCCAGCCAGAUGCAUCAUCGAAGGCCAGUUUGUAAAGACAUACGAUGGCAAACAGUACUCCAUUCCUGGGAAAUGUGUUUACUUGGCCUCCAUGGGGUUCAACUGGACCAUCAAAAUUGAGUUCUCUCAAAAGGAACCUUCCCUGAAAACUGUAACUUUCCAGAUUUUCCAGGAAAUUUAUACCUUCACGCAAAGUAUGGUUAAAAUUGGAGACAAGGAGAUAACUGAGAUUCAUCGGUCUGAUCAUGCCCUGGUCUUCUGGCAGUCCUCAAUGUACGUUCUGGUCCACACAACCUUUGGUUUGAAGCUCCAAGUCCAGGUGUUUCCUGAAAUCCAGCUGUACAUCACGCCACCAAGGGACAACGCUGACGUGCUCUCAGGUCUUUGUGGGAACAGAAACAACGACACGACGGAUGACUUCACCACCAGCAGCGGGAUCAUCGAGAACUCGGCCAAACUUUUUGCUCUGUCUUGGAGUUUGGGCACGUGCUCGGAGAACAUUCCCAACCCCUGCGUCAACACAGACCAUGAAAUAUUUGCGGAUGAGAAGUGCGCCGUGUUGAACAACCCAGCCGGGGUAUUUGCUAAAUGCCACGAUUACAUCCCAACUGAUCAAUUCCACACAGCCUGCAUCCAUCGGACCUGUAACUGUGGUGACAACCUGCUGCAGUGUUUGUGUGCUUCGCUGCAAAGCUACGCCAAAGCCUGCGCCAGUGUCGGGGUUGACCUUGGCGACUGGAGGAAGGCCACCAACUGCACUGUUGAUUGCACGAAGAACCUGGAGUUCUCCUACAAGACUCGAGCCUGUAACCGUACGUGCUUCGCCCUGGCUGGACCCGAUCCUCGCUGUGAGCCGGAGUACGCUCCGGUGGAGGGCUGCGGCUGUCCGGAAGGAACGUACCUGAACCAGGGACUCGCCUGUACCCCAAAGGCCCAGUGCGUGUGUCAUUACGGGGCUGGUACGACACCGCCGGGGCCUGUAGUCAUCGACGGUCAACAGUGCGUUUGUGAAGAUGGAGAACUGCACUGCUCCAAGGACUGUGGCUGCAGAAACGGGAAGGUCUGUUUUCGCUGUUCAGAGUUUCCGGUGAACACGGCUCAGAAAACCUGCGACAGUCUCAGCAAACCGUUGGGCUCCAGUGGGACGUGUGAAAGUGGCUGUUUCUGCUCAGAGAACGAGUACGAGGAUCACUACGGUAGCUGCGUCCCCAAAAACAACUGCACCUGCGUGUACGGUGGCAAAGUGUUUGGCGCAGGACAACGUGUCCAAACCAGCUGCAAAACAUGUGUUUGUAACCAGGGCCAGUGGGACUGCACCGAUGAGCCGUGUACAGGAAAGUGCCAAGUUUAUGGAAAUGGACAUUACCAGACUUUUGACUCUAAAUGGUAUCGCUUUGAUGGACAUUGUCAGUACACUCUUGUGGAGGAUUACUGUAAAAAUGGAGAUGGGACAUUUUCCAUCAGAGUGGAGAGUGUGCCCUGUUGUGAAGAGGCCCUCACCUGUUCCCGGACCAUCAUCCUGGACCUGCAGGACAAAGUAACCCUGACGCUGAGCGACAUGAAGGUGACCAGACACCUCCAUGACGGUUGGACUGUGGAGCAGGAUACACUUUACACCACGCACACCGUGGGGCUCUACAUUAUAAUCUCAGUGCCGAGCAAAGGUCUGACCCUCAUUUGGGACAAGCACACGAGGAUCACCGUAGAACUGCUUCCACAGUGGAGGAACAAGGUCUGUGGUCUUUGUGGCGAUUUCGACUCCAAUGAGAUGAACGACCUGCAGAUACGAGGCUCGGCAGUGGUGUCCAGUCCGUUAGCUUUUGGCAACAGCUGGAAGUCUGCCUCUCCUCCUUGCUCCGAUGUGACCGCGGAGAUAUUUCCCUGCGACCGAAACUCCUACUGUUCAGCCUGGGCCCAGCGGCGCUGCAUGAUCCUUACAGGAGACACGUUCAGGGACUGUCACUUAAAGGUGGAUCCAGAGCCCUACUACCGCGCCUGUGUGCAGGAGUCCUGCUCUUGUGAGUUUGAGGGGAAGUUCCUGGGCUUCUGCACGGCUGUGGCGGCCUACGCUGAGGCCUGCAGCGAUCACGACGUGUGCAUCAGCUGGAGGACGCCUGAUCUGUGUCCGGUCUACUGCGAUUACUACAACGGGAAGGACGAGUGUACCUGGCACUACAAAGCCUGUGAAAUGAUGCUGGCGUGUGGAAAAAACAACUAUUUUACUCACAAACUGGAAGGCUGUUACCCCACAUGUCCAGAGGAGGCGCCGUUCUAUGAUGAGAAUGUUGGAAAAUGCACUCAGUUGAGAAAUUGCUCCUGUUAUUUUAAUGGCACUGUUGUUCCACCCCGUGAAAUAGUGAUAAUUAACUCAGUUAGGUGCUCCUGUGAAAAUGGAAUUUUUAAUUGCAAGACUAUCAUUCCUAUACCUACAAUCGUGGCCACCACCUCUACGUCAACACCUACAGCUGGUUCAGCUACAACAUUCUUCUCCAGCAGUGCAUCUACAAAUUUUUCAACAACCUCCAUGGCUACCAUCACUGAAUCAUACCCUACAUCUUCAACUACCCCACUUAUUGUCACUCAUCCUGCAGCAACUCCACAACAGCAAUCUACAUCUGGACUCAUUGUGGAAAUUACACAUCCUACUGUGAUGUCCUCGACUAAGCAGGUAACUUCUAUGGGCCCGAGCACAUCCGCAACUGUUGAGAUCAUCUCUACGACCGAAGCCACGACUCAACCAACGACUGAAGCUACGACAACCCCGGUAACAACUCAACCAACGACUGAAGCUACGGUAACUCCGGUAACAACUCAACCAACGACCAAAGCUACGGCAACUCCGGUAACAACUCAACCAACGACCGAAGCUAUGGCAACUCCGGUAACAACUCAACCAACGACCGAAGCUACGGCAACUCCAGUAACAACUCAACCAACGACCGAAGCUACGACAACCCCGGUAACAACUCAACCUACGACCGAAGCUACGGCAACUCCGGUAACAGCGCAAUUCACUCCGUCAACUGCUCAUCCACCCACACCAAACUGUAUCUGCACUGAUAUCAAAAGGGGACUAACUUGGUCUUGUGGUGAGACCUGGACAGAGGACUGCUUCCAUAAGAGCUGUGUAAAUGGGAGAAUACAGUUGAUCCCAGUGGUUUGUCCACAGUCCGCCAUUCCUGCCUGUCCCAGAAAUCAGGUUGUAAAAAUCACGGACGGAUGCUGCGACACGUGGACGUGUGACUGUCGCUGUGAGCUGUACGGAGACCCGCACUUGAUCUCUUUCCAAGGUGUAGCUUUUGAUUUCCUGGAAAACUGCACCUACAUUCUAGUGGAGGAACAGUCGCCACACUAUCAUCUGACCAUUGCUGUGGACAACUUCUACUGCGUGCCAGGCUUACAGGGCUCUUGUGCCCGAAGCAUCAUCCUCAAGUAUCAGAACACCAAAGCGACUCUCCACAUCACUGAGUCCUUUACAAUAAAGGCCACUCUAAACGAUGUGUCCAUACAACCUCCGUAUGAGAAGGACGGGUUGAGGUUUGAAAGCACGGACUACGUGAUGUUCAUCUACAUUGCUGAGAUCCGCUCCUUUGUCUCUUUAUCGCCGUCCUACACCCUGGUGGUCAAUCUUGCCAUGGAGCACUUCCUCAACAACACCCAGGGACAGUGCGGCGUGUGUGGCGGGGCGUCGUGUAUCCGCAGAAGAGGGCAGAUCGAAGACGACACCUGCUGUGGAAACACAGCCUUCGACUGGCUGUACGACGACCCCUCGAAGCCCGACUGUUCUUCUUUACCAUCAAAUGUAUCCUGUCUUGCUGGGCCCACUAGAAUCCCUAGCACGCCCCCAAAUUGUUUGCCUAAUCCGCUGUGUGAGCUGCUGGACCACCCGGCGUUUGCAAACUGCAGCCAGUUUGUGGACCUGGCUGUUAAAAAGAAGAACUGCAAGUUUGAUUCGUGCACCAGCCUGAACGCUUCCUGCUCCGCUCUGUACCAAGCUGCCGAGGAGUGCAAAACUGCUGGUGUCUGUGUAGACUGGAGGGAACUGACUGGUGGAGUUUGUGAUAUUACAUGUCCAGUUGGACUAGAUUUCAUGGAAUGCAAAGAGACGCUCGACGACUUCUGCUAUGGAGGGGUUAGUUUUCCUGGAUCCAACCUUGAAAAGAUGAGUGCCGGCUGUUUCUGUCCCCCUGGUCUCGUCAGAGCAGGAAACCACUCAAAUAUCUGCGUGGAAAAAUGCAACUACUGUAAAGGACCACUCGGCGAGCCCAAACUCCCCGGUGAGGUGUGGGAGUCUGACUGCCACCUGUGCAGGUGUAACAACCAGACUUGGACCGAGGAGUGCGUUCCAAAACCUCGCUUGCCGACUCCGUUGUGUGCCCCGAGUACCGUUUUGAUGAACACAACCUGUUGUGGUGAUCCAGUCUGUGUUGAGAAGACGUGCAGUUCCCGUGGACAGACCUUCAAAGUGGGAGAGAAAUGGAUAAAUAGUGCUCAGCCCUGCACGUCCUUCACCUGCACCACAGAGGGCAUUCAGACUGAAACCAGCGUCUGUCCCACAGAAAGCUGCCCAGAGGAGGACAGAGUUUGGGAUGAUCAACACUGCUGCUUUUCCUGUAAUUAUUCUUGCGCUCCAAAAAUGGCCACAGUGAACGUCACCGUUCAGAGCUGCGAAGCUGUUGUGCAGAUCGCUGUGUGUCAGGGUCUCUGCUCCACCCAGCCCAGCGUGACGAUAAGCAGCGACCUGCAGGUGCAGCAGGAGUGCAGUUGCUGUCAGGAACUGCACUCGGAGAGGAGAACCAUGACCCUGAACUGCUCAGACCUCGACACCAGGCAGUAUGCGUACGAUCACGUCACCAGCUGUGAGUGCAGAACUUGCAACACGAGUCAGGACAUGCCGGGGCCAUAAAAACACAAAAGCUAUGACUUUUAUAUGUUUUGGGAGAGAAAAAAAAAUGUUUUUUUAAUUUCAAGAAAUCAUAAAAUCAUUUAAUUUAAAUAGGUGAUCACCAAAUCGUUGUUUUUCUUGGAUCAACAUACAAUAAAAUGUUCUUUAAGGUUCAGAUCUGUUGAGUGUUUAAGCUUUUAUACUUCAGUCUUUAACUGUUUCACUUAGUUUAAUAAUCGUUUUCGAGCCGUUAAAGGCCGACUGUAAUCACAUUCAAAACUAAUUAUUUUGUGAUAUGUACAUGUGAGAGUCUGAUGAGAUAAAUUAAAUGUCAUGAGGCAGAAAAAGACAAAACAAGAAGACUUCUCUUCCUUUUGUUGCAUUGAGAGUCAGUCCAAAUCACACAUGACUCUACAUGCUCUCAAGUCAAACUGUGUCUCUGCUGUUCGAUUACUCCUGCAACCACUGGGUG